CAAAAUCUAGCUACGGUAAGCCCCAUUCAGCUGCGGACAUUUAUAGAGGAACCACUUAAAUUUUUAAAGUGUAGAAAAUAGUAAAACAAUGAGGACUUUCAUAUGUUUACUUGUGACAGUGUUCACUAUUGAAUAUGUUAGUCAAGCAGUGGCGGCAACGUAUUGCACGGUUGACACAACCUCGUAUUAUUAUAACCAAUGGACUACGUCAUCUAAGUACUGUGACUAUGGGUGUUGCGGGUCGUCGUAUGACCAUUCCAGGAAGUGUUGUGAAGGAGAGAGUACGAGCGUGGGUGUAUAUGCUGGCGGCGGGGUCGGGGGUGUCACCGGGUUCCUGAUUACGCUGUGUAUUAUCUACUACUGCUGCUGCAGGACAACAGACAGAGUAAUAGCAAUAGUGUAGGAACAUAAAAAGAUCUAUCGUAAGAAGUAUGACGUCAACCCUGCAAACUGUUUACAGAGGAUGUUCUAUGAACACUUAAUUGCCAUGAAAUCGAUGCUUUAAAGUUGAAAGUGAAGCGACAUUGAUUGCUGUCUAUGUGAUUUGUGUACACUAUGUAGUACUAGAUAAUUAUUUAUAAUAUUGUUUUGUAUAUCUAUGAAAAGCUUUAUUUUUCAUUCACAUAAGGUUUCUUUACUAAAACGUGUUUCGUUUUUGGUAACCACUGUCUUCAUCUGUAAAAAUGUAUUCCAAAUUAUUACAUAAACAUUCAAUUGGAUAACAUUUCUUCACUUCAACUUACUAUGUUUAAUACAAGACAGAUUCAGUAUUUUCCCAUCCCAUAUAAGAACCUUUAAAUAUUUGGCCAUGCUGAAAAUAAUCGUCAUCUUGCUCAUGGACAAAGAUAAAAGAAUACCCGUAAGGAACUACCUUUUAUUGUCAUCGAUCAAUUACAUCCCUUGUUGAAAACCGUCGUCCGAAUCACUUUGAAACCUUGCCUAGUGGCAAUAUUUAAAAUAAAAAUAAAUGUUAAUCGAGCUACGUUCAAACAAUAAUACUGCCCUCUCCACAGAACUAUUUAGAAAACAGUUUGACUAUUUAAAUAUUCUGAAUCACUGCGUGCAUAUAAAUGACAAACACAACUCAUUGCAUUUCUAUAUUUGAGAUUUAUUUUCACUAUGCACAAAAGAGUUGCAUUUUAACUUCAUUGUAUUGACUGGGGUGGGAAAAAGAGCGUCUACCACGGCCGCUCGUGGAAAUAAGGUUCAUCCAAACCCUCGCGAAGUGUGUUCCUCGUUUCCGCAAACACCCUACGUUCGGGUUGCGAUGAACCGAUAUAUAUAUAUCAUACACGAGCGGCCAUGGAAUUUACUAUAAUCCAUUUCGUUUCAGUUCCUAUAUUCUGCCCUUAUGUAAUUAUGUUUUAUGCAUUGAACGUGUGUUUUGUUUUCCUAUUUACAUUUAACUUUUUCAUUAUUAAACCAUGCUUAGUUUGUUGUAUUGGUGCUGUAAUGUUGAACAACGCAUACUGAUU